CAACCUCCUCCCUAUCUUCAGAGUGGCCCCUCCCAUCAAAGGCAUAACCUCUCCUAAUCCCCCUCCUUCGGUUUCCGUGGAGACGGCUCAGACGAGCAGGUGACGCAUUGACAGGGAGCAGAUGGUUCCCCGUGGAGGCACCCUUUUAUUUGUCAUUUGUCAGCCAGGCCGUUUUGUGGGACAGAGGACUCUACCAAGACAACGACGACUCCGUCAAAGAUGGUCAACCCUUGCUUUGUCCGCGAUUCCUGGCUCACAUGAAGGCUUGCCCUGCAGAUCUCAGACCAGCCCGUUUCCUUAGCAGCAAGCCCAGACCCCUGCCUCCUCACUGGGGACCGACCCACAGGACAAAGGUGCUCGCCGCUCCCAAGGCCCACAUAUGUGGAGAUUCCCGGAACGUGCAGUACAGGGGCUUGACCAGAGGGAGGCACUCAGCUUUCGUCAUUCCCCAUGUGCCUGUCUGUCCUCUACCCAGCAGGGCGUCCUCUGAGCCUGACGUGUGCCCACCACCCUCCAGUCACACCGACUCCAGACAUCAUGGACCUAGUGGGCCCAGCCCUGAACCAGCCUCUGCCUUGUGUCCUCACUAUGUCCAGGGUGAGGAGAAUAGCGACGCAGCUGAAGAGGGGGCUAAAUGCAUUGACCUUCGCUCUCCUCCAGCGGUCCCCAGGACCCCUGUACCUGACCCAGGCCAGAGGCCUUGUCCUGGGCUUGAUGAGGUGAACCGGAGCCCCUCGGGGAGGUCUGUCUCCAGUCUCUCUGCAGGCUCUCUCUCUGACUUCAGCCGCCCUCCAUCCAGCCAGUUCAGCCGCAGCAGCGACCUGUCGAGCGGCAGGAGCAGCGUCCUCUCUGCAAACCUGAGUGACCUGGGUUCAGAGGGCGGUCCUCGUCUUUCCCAGCUCCGCUCCUCCUCUCUGACCUUGUCUGCUCAGGCCUCGUGUUCCCCCAAAGACCCCCUGCCAGACCUCCCCCCCCACGCACCCCCUCGCCUUCCCCGCCUGCAGGGCCCCGGACACACCAAACCCCGUCCACCUGAUUGGACCACGGAGUCCCAGACAGGCCCUGCUCUCUUCUUACACCAAGACCCUGAUCCUGAUGCCUACAAUGGCCCAAACCUACAGCCCCAUCUGUACCAACCCCAUGACCCUCUUCCAGACCCGUUCAUAGACCUCCAUGAUGACCAUGCCCUCACCUCCCCCUCAGAUAGCCGUCUGUCCUGCCCCAGCCCACAGAGGCCCUCCUCCAUCCCGUCUCCGGCGGUGGAAAUGCAGGACUGGCUGUCUCCUCCCCCCCGCUGGCCUGUCCUCCCCCCCAUCUCCUCAGCCAGAGGUGACAGUGACACUGGGUCCUCGUGCUGCUCACAGCUGAGUUGCUCUCAGUCCCGUAUGUUUGAUGAGCUGGACUCCAUAGCCCCUGGUUCAGCCUCCUGUCUGUCGCUGGACAACCCACUGAGCUCUGCAGACGAGCGCUCAACUGACACAGAGCUGUCUUCGGGUUUGGCUGCCCUGACUAUGGCCUGUGAAUCUGGUGACCUUGGCUCCCUGUCGCGGGUGCAGCUGCUGCUCCUGGACCGCCCAGAGCCCGAGGAAUCCCUCCACUACUCUGGCCUGGAUCAGCACUCCCCAGCAGACGAGUGGGCAGGCCAUAUAGAUGAACUCAGAGCCAGGAGGCCGGGGAGUUUGGUAUCUACAGGAGAGCUGUGGCCCCUCACAGCUGCAGACUGUGGAGAUGUCGGUGUGUCUAAUAGGUGGGACUCCACAGACAAAGUCCAGGGACAGCGCACACACACACUGGACCACACAGAGGAAGGACCCGGGUCUCCUUCGCCAUUCGUCACGGGUUCCUCACAGUCAGACGUCACAUCCGGUUCCUCAGGUCUCUCUGGGAGGGAGGAGCCAGCUUGUCCUGGGAGGGCGGAGCCAGGAGGAGCGCUGCCGAGAGGGAGGGGGAAGCCUGGGAGACUGGAGCGCAGGAUGAGGGAGAAGGAGAGGACGAGGGAAGAGAGGAAGACCAACGUGCUCAACAUGUAUUCCAAGCUGCAGGGCAGCAGCCCCCACCAGACCAGGCCCGGCCCCUGCAGCCUCUCCAAGUUUGAGGACUUUGACUUCUUGGCAAAGUAUUGCAUUUUCAGUCAAGAGAAGCUGGCAGAAUACAAAAGGGCUUUUGAAGCAGUAGAUAGCGAUGGCGAUGGUUACAUUUCCUGUCUUCAAGUGCUGCAAGCACUAAAGCACAUCAUCCCUCCAGAACUUCUAACUGAUGAAGAGGAGAUAUAUGUCUAUAGGAUCCUGGAGAUGGUGGAUUUCAGGGUGACAGAUGGACUCACAGACCUGAGGCUCUUCGCUGUGGUCGCAAGCCUGGCUCAGAAAAUAGCCACUAUGGAUGAAUUUAUGCGUACUCUGAUUAGCAAGAUGGAUUUCCGUUCUCUGCAGCUGAAAUUGUACAAGGCAAAGCAGCUGUUCCUGUUUCUACUGGAGGCACAGGCAGAGGGCGCUGUGGCACAGCAGGGCUGCAUCAGUGCAGAGCAACUGCUGGUAGAGCUGAAGGCUGGGGGGAUCCACCAGGAGCAUGAGGAAGCCAUCCGACAGGAACUACAGCAGCUCCACUCCCUUGACCUGCUGGACUUCCUGGCAUACCUGCCCAUGUUUGUUCUCAUCCACAACUCAGUCAUUGCCAACCCCCUCGAUGACUCCAGCCACCUGUGAGAUCAUUCACACUAAUGACCCUUUCUGUGUCCAUUGCAUAUUUCCGG